AUGAGCGCAGAGUUUGAUGCCAACAGCGGCGGCGGUGGUGGUGUCCAGUGGUGCGACACCGGCGCCGAGCAGUACCGCCGGAGCUAUGGGUCCAACAAACGCGCCCUCAAUAAGCCAUCGGUGGUCAUGACGUCAGAGCCGGUUCAGCAGCACUUCCCGGGACUCGAAGACUUCUAUCUGAACCGCCGAUUGAGUGAUAUAUCGUUGGCUGUGAGCGGAGAGACACUGUUUGCCCACAAGUUUGUCAUUUGUGUGAAGAGUGAGGUCUUCAAAGAAAUGCUCUUCAAUUCGGCCGAUAGUGAGAGCAGACCAUCGCUGACACAACCGCUGCCACUGUUGGACACGAAUGUCGAUGCCUUCAAAUUGUUGCUGAAGUUUCUGUACACCGAAGUGUUGCCCGAAGAGGUGACCACUGACUGUCCGAUGGCUAUGGAAGUGCUGAAAGUGGCGCUCCGUUUCAAAGUCCAGCGAUUGUCGGACUUCAUCGAGAAUAAGAUCACAGAGGACUCGGCGAACGUGAAGCCAUUGGCCGAGUGUCUGCUGGAAAUGAUCGGAAGAAUGGGUGAGUAUCUGCUCGACGACAAGACAUCGGCCGACAACCUGUCGAACAGAUUGAACGAAAGCCCGGUCUCGCAGACGGCGCUCAUCGAUGGCCUGAAAGUGAUCGUCGAAACGAAUCCCAAGAUGAAGGACAACGAGUUCAAGAAAAUGAUUGAUUUGAAUAAGUGUUGCCUCGAAGACAUCGUUAUCCUCAAGAAUAUCGGUCUAGUUUGCGGACAUUCUGAAGCAAAAGUGAAGCCAAAGAUAUCUGCGAUCCUCUGGACAGAAGCCAUACCACUGUUGUGGCGCUAUUCGGGACGACUGAUCGGUCGCGUGGGCUAUACUGCCGGCGACCACGAGAUCCUACAGACGUUGGCGUUCAUGUUGAUCGGUUCCCUUAUCUCCACAGUCAUAGACCUCCCGUGGAGUCUAUACAACACAUUCGUCGUCGAAGAGCGCCACGGAUUCAACAAACAGACGCUCGGCUUCUACGCCAAGGACAAAGCGAAGAAGUUUGUGAUAAUGCAGGCGAUUAUCUCACCGAUACUGUCCGCCCCCAUUUGGAUCGUUAAGGCCGGCGGCGACUAUUUCUUCAUCUACUUGUAGGCCUUCUGUUUCGUGGUAACACUGCUGCUGAUGACGGUCUACGCCGACUAUAUCGCGCCCCUCUUCGACAAGUUCACGCCAUUACCGGACGGCGAGCUUAAGGCGCAGAUCGAGAGGUUGGCCCAAAGCAUAGACUUCCCGCUCAAGAAGCUGUUUGUCGUCGAGGGCUCCAAACGGUCGUCCCAUUCAAACGCCUACUUCUAUGGGUUCCACAAAAACAAACGCAUCGUUCUCUUCGAUACACUCAUUGAGGACUUCCAUAAGAAAGAGGAGGAAAAGAGCGACGAGAGUGAAGUGCAGUCGAGCGGCGAUUCGGCGAAGAAGGAGCACAAGAAGGUCGGCUGUAAUAACGACGAGAUACUGGCGGUGUUGGCGCACGAGUUGGGCCACUGGAAGCUCAACCACAUCCUCAAGAACCUGGUCAUCGCUCAGACGAAUCUAUUCCUGUGUUUUAUGGUCUUCGCGCUCUUAUACCAGAACCAAGUCCUGUACGACGCGUUCGGCUUUCAUAAGACGCGACCCGUUUUCAUCGGAAUAUUCAUUAUAUUUCAGUACAUAUUCUCGCCUUACAAUGAGAUCCUAUCAUUCCUGAUGACAUGUUUGGGCCGUCGGUUUGAGUUCGCGGCCGACGCUUUCGCCAAACACCUCAACCGUACGGCUGACCUGCGCUCGGCUCUCAUUAAACUCAAUAAAGACAACCUGGGGUUCCCUCUGUACGACUGGCUGUACUCCAGUUGGUAUCACUCGCACCCGCCUCUACUCGAGCGCAUCCGAGCCCUCGGAAAGAUUGACUGAUUUCUCACGAAAUUAAUGUUUUUUUUAAUUUAAGUUUUAUUUACACGAGAAUUAUAUGAUUUUCUUAACGUAAGAC